AUGUGCUCCUUAGAGAAACGUGGAAACCUUCUCAUCCUCACCCUCACUGGCCAAAACGUCGAACACAGGCUCAACCCCGAGGUCUUGAGCUCCAUCAUCUCAGCACUUUCACAAGCCAAGGCUGCGUCAACCCGUGGUUCAGCUCUGGUCACUGUGUCGCAUGGCAAGUUCUUCUGUAAUGGCUUCGACCUAGAUUGGGUCAAUGCCACCGGUUCCAAACAAGAAGCCCAACAACGCUUCGAUUACUUGCUCGACUGCCUCACGCAGCUCGUCCAAGCCUUCAUCUCCCUCCCCAUGCCAACUGUCGCCGCCGUCAAUGGUCACGCUGCUGCUGCCGGCGUGGUAAUCCCCCUCUGUCAUGACUACGUGGUCAUGAGACGUGGCAGAGGUGUGCUUUACGUGAACGAUUUGGAAAUGGGGCUUAAGAUUCCUGAACUCUACAUGGCAUUUUUCAGGGCCAAAACUUCGGGGUGGGCGCUACGUGAUUUGGUGUUGCGUGGGUUGAAGAUAAAGGGAGAGAAGUUGCUGAAAAUGGGGAUAGUGGACGCCGUUUACGAUGGCGAGGAAGGGGUUAUAAAUGCCGGAAUGAUUUGGCCAGAAGGAAAUGGGAUGGUGAAGUUUACGCUGAAAUUAGAAAAGGGUUGUAUUCUGAAUUUUGUGGCAUGCUGGGAAUAG